AUGUCCGCGUCGAUAGUCGCCCAGCUCCUCUUCCUCGAAGCCGACAACCCUCAGAAACCUAUCCACCUAUACAUUAAUUCUCCCGGUGGCUCAGUGACAGCUGGCCUCGCCAUCUACGACACAAUGACCUACAUUGCAUCCCCAGUCAGCACAAUCUGCGUUGGACAGGCAGCCUCCAUGGGAUCGCUAUUGCUUUGCGGCGGCGAUCCGGGGAAACGGUACUGCCUCCCACACUCGUCUAUAAUGAUACACCAGCCCUCGGGUGGGUACUUCGGACAAGCGAGCGAUAUCGCCAUUCACGCCAAAGAGAUUCUACGUGUUCGCAACCAAUUGAACAAGAUCUACCAGCGGCACCUGACAGGGAAGAAAGUGCUGUCUCUUGAGGAGAUCGAGAAGUUGAUGGAACGUGAUUACUUUAUGGGGGCUCAGGAGGCUUUGGAGAUGGGUAUCGUCGACGAGAUUUUGGACCGCAGGGUAAAGCCGCAAAAUGAAGGAGGAGAAGGCGAAGGGAAGCCACCAGUGCCGUGA